GAAAUGCACGUCUUUUCCCAAUUCAAAUCUCAAACAGAGAACCGUGGUGACUAUCUCAGAACGUCCUUUUACGUCCGACAAUUUUAAAACUCUUCUUUUAAUCAAGCGGACCAUUUUUUUUAAAUGAAGAGCGGGGUGUGCACUGCAUGGGACAUUAAGAUUUAACGCGACGCGAAUGUUUUCAUGCGUCAUCACCAUUGGAGACGAGAGACGCCUCAUCAGAUUGAUGCUGAAGUAGCUAGCUGGCUAGUGCUACUGUAAUGGCUGCUAAGACGAAGGGAAAGCCGUCUAAAAGCUCAUUCGGAGAUGACGAUAUCCUUGACAGCUCAUUUGAUGAUAACAAACUCCGGGUAAGAAGAAAAUUAGGACGUACUGGAUUACUACAUGGCUCAUCUGAUGAUGAUAACAUCUUCAGUAUGCUAGCAGAGGAGGAUGCCGGCAUUUCUAUAACAGAUCCCAAUGACAUACUGGAUGACAUAAAGGCAACUAAUUCCCCUUCUGCGGAAACAAAACCUGAUAACGAAGGGCUCAUGCCAGAACUAGUUAUAGAAAAUGAUAUCAAACCUGGGGAAGCAGCAGAUGAAGCUACCAUAGAAGGGAAGAAGAUAACCUCAUCAACCUCAGCACGGACCAAGAAGUUCAGCUUCUCUGACCUUGAUGGUGACCUGGAUGCAGUGGAUGACUUUGUUGACCUGCUGGAUGGCUUACCCACAAAUAAAAGCAGGCCACGAUCCAUAUCCAGUUCACAGGCGACCAAACCUGAAAAAUCCGCACAUUCAGCUACAACAUCUCAUGUCCAAAAGAAGGAAACGACAAGUGCUGCAAAGAAACAAAGUGAACUCACAUUCGACGAUGAGAAGGAUGAUUUAAUUGAUGACCUUGGCUUGGAUAGUGAUACCAAGAAUCCACAGAAAAAAGACAAUGUGCUUUGGUCCAACAGAGAAAGUGGUGAGCAUCCCCAAAGAUCCCGUACAAGGCUCGAUGAUAUUCUGGAGAAUUAUAAUUCUCGUAGUGUGGAGUGGUCACCCACAGGUGCCAAGAAGGACCAGCCUCCGUCGAGGCAGAACUGCAAUUUAAAAGAAGCCCUUUUGGAAGAUGAUCUAAUAUUUGGAUCCUAUCAGCCCACUGUGGGAGCCACCCCUGCAGGGCCCCAGUCACGCAGACAGUCUAUCAGAUUCUCUACAGAAGAUGUCAGCCCUGCCACCCCAGAAAAGAAGCCACCCAUUGCCCCGACCUCCACACGGCCCCGUAACCCGGCCGACUGGCUCUGUCUCAAGGCAAAUGAUGAGCAGAGCGACCUUGAAGAUGACGUCAAAGAAAAGAAGACUUCCCCGGAGUCUCCGAAAUCUCCCUUCUCACCUUUAUUGGAGAGAAAGUCCUCUCUGACAGGCAGCCAGAGAAUCCCUGCGACUAAAAUAGACGGAGACGCCCCGCCUUCGACUGGCAGCAAAGUAGUAAAGCCUGAUGUUACCAGGAGCCGGAAGAUAAAGGAUGAUGAUGACGACUGGCUAGCGGGUGCUCUUAGCAGGAAGAAGUCUUUCUCAGGUUCAAACUCUGAUGUCAAAGUCUCCAAGCAGGAGCAGUCUUUAGGCCUGGGAGAAGAAGUGGACCUGGAGUUGCUUGUGAGUAAGGAGGCCACUUCACAAACCCGCAGGGGCAGAGAAAACAUUGUUGGGAAACAGUCUUCAUCUUCCAAGGAUGCUGGCAGCUCUUCACUUGGACAACCUAGCCCUGCUUCACAGUCUGCACCUGAUAAAGAUCAGAGAGCCAAACAAGCACUUUCACAGCAGAACCAAAUCCCAAACUCAUCAACUGCAGUCCACCAGCAGAUGGCAUUUUCAGCUGACAGCCUGCAGCAAUUGAUACUACAACAGCAGAUGAUGCAGUCACAGUUACUGGGGCUCCAAGGUGUUUUGGACGUUGGGGCCCUGCAGAGACUCAAUGAGCAGCAAUCUGGAGAUGAUCAGGAUUUACAGGCCCGCAUCAUUCAGCUGGAGGGACAGAUUAAGACUCUGCAGUUGGAGCGAGACCAUAGCCAGUUGUUACUGGAGAGUGCCCAACAGCGACAUAAACAGGACAUGGAACUGAUGGAAAACGCACACAAAACUCGCGUGAAGCUUCUCGAGGAAUCCACAGCCCAGAGGGAGACACGGAUGCGUCAGGAGAGUGAAGACCUAAUCGAACGCUUGGCCACAGUAACACAAGCAGCCGAGAAGGAGCGCUCAGACCUGCAGGCUCACUACCAGCGUAAACUGGCCCAGUUCCAGCAAGACCAAGACCGAGAUGUGGAGAGACUCCGAGAUCUGCAGAGGAAAUCUAUUAUGGAGAUGAAGAAUGACCACGAAGACCAUGUUAAUCGACUGAAAAGGCUCAAAGAGGAGGAGAUUGAUGCUGUAACAAGUGCAACAUCUGAGACCAGGUCUCUUACUUUAGUGAUCGAGCAGAUGGAGCAGUUCUCUUCUCGUCUCGGCGAUCUCUCCACGCUGGUUGAGAGCAGACAUGAGCACACAACCCAAGGCUUGGAGCAGGGGGCGCGGCACAGAGAUGAGCAGCUUCGAAUCAUGCAGGAGCGUUUGGCUCAACAGCAGAAAGCAAUGGCUGAGGAGAAGGCUUACCUUAAGGAGAUCAUUUCCAGGAUGGACACUCAGAUAAAUGAACAGCAGCGACAGCUUGAGAAGGAGCGCUGGAAGGUGACAGCAGAGCAGGCCAAGGUAGAGUCUUCUGUGAAAAGCCUAGAAGAAGAGCGACGGUCCCUGACUAUGCAGAUGAACAUGGAGAGAGAGGAGCUGGAGAAAGCCAAGAGUGCGUUACUGGAGGAGCAGAAGUCAGUGAUGCAGCAGUGUGCAGAGGAGAGAAGGAAACUGGCAGCAGAGUGGACCAUCUUCCAUGCCCAGGAGAAACAGAGGCGAGAAAGAGUUGAACAGGACGUCAGUACUCUACUGGACAGGAGAGAGGGCUCCAUCAUGAGUCUCGCACAGGAGCAAGCUGAUCUGAAGCUUCGCGGCGGAGAGCUGAAACAAAGGGAGGCGGCUGUGGCACAGGAAAGAGAAGCUCUGGAACAACUCAGAGGAGAACUGGAUCGAGAAAAAGAAAGAAUUAGCAGUACCGCUUUGAGGCUCAAGAUCCGAGCACAGGAGGUUGAUGACUUCAGCAAGAUGGCAGCAGAAAAGUAUGAGGAAGGCGAGCAAGCCUUGCAGGAAGCCAAACGCGUGGAGGCAGAGCACCAGUCAAGGCUAAGGACUAUCCAUUCCCAGAUCGAGAGAUUGAGGCAGCUUGAACAACGUACUAUUCAGGAGCGAAUACGGUUUAAUCAGCAGGAGACCACAGAAAAGCUUAGACCCAACCCAUCCAGUGGCUCACAAAGCAAUCUCACCGUUUUACCAUUACCAGACUCAGGUUCAGUGAUACCGGACACCAAGCAGGCACCGACCCUCAACGCCACUGCGACAAUGCCCAGUUCUCAGUCUGUGGCGCUCCAAGCGCACCUGGCUAUAUGGAAGUACAAUGCACGAAAGGACCACGACUACUUGCAAGAGCAGCAGAUCUUCCUCAACAACUUGAAGAAAAAGUCUUACAGGCAGAACAAAUCACACUGGACUCCUGCAGUAUGAAUCAACAGACUUUAUUUUGUUUCCUAGAUGAAUUUGAAUCUUCAGGUUGCUCCGCCCAACUCAGGAAUGACACCUAAAAAAAAGGGUACAAAACAGGGAAACCUUACAAUCUUAAAACGAUUUUUAAAAACAGCAAGUGACAUUAAUCAUCAAGCCUCAGGUUACCAUGACUCCACAUUUAAGUUCAGACAGGGAUAACUUGUAUCAUCACUGGCUUGAUUACAUGCGAGUUUCAUGGGAAUUACCUGUCCAUCUCCUCAGGUACCGCACAUCCAGCACGUUUUGCAUCUGUUAAAAGGAACAUCACAUUGUCAUCUACGGUUCACCUUGUACUCAAUAAAAGUGAAGCUACGGCCAUUUCUCAGAACAGCCUUUUGCCAUC